AAUCAGACACUCUGCAGACAUGGCUUCAUCACAACGCAGAGCAUCAGGGCUGGUCACCAACAUCUGAGCACAGGGUGUCAAACCCAGCCUCUCUAAUUUCCAGACAAGGUUAUAUUUCCUUUAUUAUCUUUAUGGCUUUACGUCUGCACUGGAGAAUGCUGCCAGCGCUGGAGAUGCAGCUGCCGGUGGUCGUGAUGCUGAUGCUGACUCCUGUCAUCUUCCCCGCUCCAUUGCCUUCAGGAUUCCCGGGGAGCCUGGAUGGUGAGAAAGGCGCUGGGAUGGAGAUGAUAACACAUAACAUGACAUGCAGUGUUUCAAGUGACUGUCGGGAGAACCAAUACUGCCAUCUGACGUCCGUUACCGGCGAGUGCAAAGAAUGUAAACCGAAAGAAAAGGAGUGUAUUGAAGAUGGGGAGUGUUGUCUUGGAGGAACGUGCAUCGAAGGCAGAUGUGAUGAAGGAUCCAACGUCUCUGACAGCUGGACGAGGUGUGACCCAAGCAGAGACCGGUGUCCUCCUGGGUUCUGCUGCUCCAAAACAGAGACUGUCCAGUUCCCAGUCUGUAUUCCGCUUCCACGUGAAGGAGAACAAUGCAGAAGUCAAACAAUGAAUCUUUUCGAACUGCUAAACUUGAGUUCAGCCAUGGAGCCUGCUGCUGGAUAUUGUCCUUGUGGUGAAGGCCUGGUGUGUCCCAACAAAGGGGUUAACAUCAUUCCUACUUGUGAGAAGCCCGAGGAAGUCCUAGAUUUCACCGCCUAUAGAGGAGAAUCCCUCUUUGAGCCACUGGUUCGUAGGGACGAGGAAUUCACUUACUACGAUAUGGAUCUUCUGCCAUGGCCUGCUCAAGAUGACCAACUUGCCGUUGUAGAUCUCUCAAGAGCCACUGAAGAGAGCAAGGUGGAGGCCGAGAAAACCUUUAAUAUGCCGAGUGACGACGUGGCAAAGAAUUUUGAAGAUAAGAGCUUCACGCUGGAUAAACAUGUUAGUGGAUCUUCUGAACCAACUCAGCAGGAUUUCCUGGAACUCAAGCAACUUGCCAAGCAAAUGGGGCAAGAGUUUGGUCCUGGAUUUUACUAAACACCAUUGUCUUCCACAAUUAUCGCCGGGUUUCAUUUCAAACCGAAGGUUUACGAUACAUAGACUUGCAACAUUUCUAAAGAUAUUUUUGCAGAAUUGUUUUAAAAGUUUAAAAAAACAAGCAGUAAGAUGUAACCUUGAUAUCCUUGUAAUAUAUUGAAUGAUAUUAAUAUAAUAAUUGUUUUAAGCUGACGAGUGUUCAGUAUAUUGUAGAGUU